AUGGAAACUCAGAUUGCACAGACUGGUUGGAAAGUUCCAAGCUUCCAAGUCACCGCCAUAAUCACUGCAUUCUUAUGUCUGCUGAUAAUCCCGCUCAUCUACAAUGUGCUUUUCCAUCCUCUGGCCCGAGUACCAGGGCCUUUCUUGGCCAAGUUCAACGACUUCUGGCACGCAUACCAGCUGUACACAGAUAUGAGACAUGAAAAACUCUGUAAACUUCAUGAUCAAUAUGGUCCUGUGUUGCGCUUGGGCCCGAACACCGUCUCCGUGAACACCACGGAAGGAUUUCAGAAGGUUUACUCGGCGACAUCACCAAUCGACAAAUCGCCAUUCUAUCAAAGCUUCACCCCAGGUUUUCAAAGCAGCUUCUCUUCGAUGGGUGCUGCGUACAAAGAGAAAAAGUCCAUCCUCUCUCAAGCAUUCUCUCAGAAGAAGCUGGACGCCAUGGAACCAGCAUUUAUGGAGCAUAUUUGGAAGCUUUGCAAGGUUAUGAAAAGUCAAAGUGAGGUAAACUUGGAUGAUACUCUAUCGGCUUUGACAGUGGAUAUCCUAUCCGACGUGUGUUUUGGUGAGACGUUUGACUUGCUUCAUAAUCCCAUGGAGAAGGCGAAGGAAGGCACUCUUUGGAGAUGGCCUUUGUUGCAGCAAAUGAUUCGAAAGUUCUCGUACGCCUGUACAACCCGGGGCUAUCCAGCGAAGCUGGCAAUCGACGCCAUGAUCAAACAGAGACAAAGUCCCUCUGGCAAGCACGACAUUUUCAACUACCUCCUUACUGCUACCAGUCCCACCACUGGUGUGCCGUUCCCUGAUCGUGAGCUAUUCGGUGAAGCGAUAGUAAUGUUUGUGGCAGGAUCUGAUACCACAUCUACUGCUCUUUUGACAAUACUGUGGCAUCUAUUGGCUCAUAAGAAUGCAUACGACAAGCUGGUUUCGGAGAUCAGAUCUACAGUCACGCGGCGUGAUGAGUUGAGCUAUCAUAAGAUUCAGCACCUUCCAUACCUGAGAGCCGUGAUAGAAGAAGGAAUGAGAAUAUUUCCACCGAAUUCAGGCUUCAUUCCAAGACAGGUUCUCCAAUCUGACGGCGCGUUCGUUCUCCACGGCGUGCCUUUGCCAGUGGGGACGGAAGUCGGCGUUGCAAAUAUGGCUAUGCAUAGGAACCCCGAGUAUUUCGAACGGCCCAAUUGUUUUAUUCCAGAACGCUGGAUCGGAGAUGGUCAAUCUGCGGUGAAGGAUAAGUCGGCAUUCUCUCCCUUUUCCAAGGGCCCAAGGGCAUGCCUGGGAAGGACGAUGGCCUACAUGGAAAUGUCUCUAGUCUUGGCAGCAGUUUCCUUGGAGAUGGACCUCGAGUUCCAGGAUCCUGAGUUUGAGGCAAGACAGGGCUACACAGCGACGGAUUCUUUUGUCCUAACCAUUGGUCUUGUUCAUAAGACUGUCACUAAGGGCCUAUCAAGUUCGAGAUCAUGGUUGAAAAGACGGGAGCAAUUUAGGCUAAAGGAGUCGAUCUCGUUCACCCCUGCUGAUCAGAUCACGGACACCCGGCUAGGUCCAGAGUGCCCCCGGUGGGCGAUGAUCGACUUCCUUGGUGACUAA